ACAAAUUGAAACAUUGAAAUAUGAAAUAUUUCAAUUAAGUUUGCCUCAUAUGAUCACAGUGAUGUGUUAUUGUAAUAAUGAAUCAGCUUCAAUACAUACACUUUCUUUCAUACAAUGGAUAUUAUUGUGAACAUAGAAUGGAGUAAUGUAAAGCUUUUCUUGAAAAUUUAUAUGGAUAAAUGAUAUAAAUGGAAGGGAUAUAGUGUUAUUCUUGUGUUGGAUAUUAAAAUGAGAGGAUGAGUGUGUGGAAACGACUGCAGCGUGUUGGCAAGUCUGCCUCCAAGUUCCAGUUUACAGCUUCUUACCAGGAACUACAAGUUGAAAGCUCUAAAAAAUGGCAACCAGACAAGAUUUGUAUUGUUUGGACCAGAAGGAACAGAAGAAAGUCAACUAUGUUACAUAAUUGGGAGCCAACCAUAAAGAAUCCCUAUUUAGGAGAAGUGAUUUGGACAGUACCAGAGAAUAUAGAAAUACAGGUGACAUUGUUCCGUGACAACAAACAUUCACCAUAUGAGGAUAAAGAAUGGCAUUUCGUCAUUGAAAAUCAAGAUAAAAGUGGUCGCAGGAAGGUGUUGGCAUCAGCAGCCAUCAAUAUGAUGAAGUAUGCCAGUGAUAUACCUACCCAACAUGAUCUGACCAUCAAACUCAACCCGGCUUCAAGAAAAAUUGUAUCUGCCAGGAUCAAACUCACACUGUCUUGUGUAUUUCUGAGGGAGGGUAAAGCUACAGAUGAGGACAUGCAGAGUGUGGCGUCACUGAUGUCAAUAGGAAAGACAGAUAUCGGGAAUCUAGAUGAUGUAGAGGAUGAUGAAGAGUCGGACAUGAAUCUUUCUGCAAAGGUCGCAGAGAUCACCAGUCAGAUGUCACAGCUUCAUACAGCCAAUCAAAACAUGGGUAAUCCCUUUGGUGACCCAGAUUUAGAUGUUGAUGAAGACAUUGAUCAAAUGUUUCAAAAAUACACACCUCAGAAACUUCCUCUCAAUCCUUUUGAAGAAGCGGAAGAAGACAACUACCAGAUUCCAACAGCAGAAGAUUCUAGUGCAAAUCCCUUCGAUGAGGAAUUUGAAAAUAAUACUGGUAAUAUUAACAAUAGUGCAAGCACAAAUCCUUUUGAGGAUUCUACAGAGUUAGAUGAAAGUAACCCUUUCGCUGACAAUUUUAAAGACAAUUCAGUUGAAAAACCUGUGAAAAAGAAAAAGGCUCCAUCCCCUCCCAAAUCUAAUUCUCAAACUUUAUCUCCAAAUGAGCCAGAGAAAUUAGGCAAUGGGGCGAAGUCCCCAGUUAGAUUAGAAAAUAAGGAAAUUGUUUCACCUAUGGAAGAGAAACAACAUAAAUAUAUAAAAUCACCAAAGAGAAAGGCCCCUGUGGCUUCUAGACCUGUUUAUCAAGGGACACCACCCUCAUCACCAAAGGAGGAUAGAAAGUCAAGGCCGAUAACUCCACCUCCAGAUGCAGGGGGAGAUAAUCAGAAUAAGCAGACACCUAAGACAGAGACCAAAGUGAUAAAGGAAAUGAAUGGUACCCCAGUAGUGAAUGACUCGCCCAGUACAGACUCCAGUUAUAGUGAAUCUCCAGCCCAGAAUGCACCAAGCUCAACUCUUGACCUUUUGGGCUGGUGUAAAGAGGUCACCAAAGGUUAUAAAGGGGUCAAGGUUACAAAUCUUACAACAUCAUGGAGGAAUGGCAUGGCAUUCUGUGCUGUGAUACAUCAUUUUAGACCAGAUCUUGUAUCAUUUAGUAAGCUAGCCCCACAUGAUAUUAAAGGCAAUAAUAGGAUAGCAUUUGAUGCUGCAGCGAGACUUGGAAUUCCUCGUGUGAUAGAACCGUCAGAUAUGGUGUUACUGGCUGUCCCAGACAAACUGGCUGUAAUGACAUAUUUACAUCAACUGAGAAGUUACUUCACUGGAACAUCUUUAGAAAUUCAGCAGGUUGGUCCUAGUUCUAGUGAAAGUACAUAUACCCUGGGGGAGCAUGAUACUGCAGAAGAUGCUGCCAUAUCUAAGGAAAUGUACGGAGAUAAAAUGAGUGAUAGAGUUAUCUCCCCUGCUAAAGAAAAUCAACCUGUGAACUCCGACAGUGAUAAAGUUGACAAACAUGUGCCAAAUGGAGUACAGGAUAAUGUAAGUGAUAAAAGUAACAGAUCUAGUCUUUCAAGGGGGAGUUCUAAGGAAGGGUCUCCAACUAAAUCAUCUAGUGGAUCAAAGAUAAGCUCGGAGUCUGACAAGAAUGAGAAGGUAGAGAAAGGGGAGUCAUUAAAUCCAUUUGGAAGUGAUACAGAGGAAGAUCAAACAGAUGAUGUUUGGGUUCAGAAAAAUAAUACAGAACACCAGCCUGAGAUUACAGACAAAAAAACUGAGAAAGUUAAAAGAGAUAUGAAUUUACCAGGUUUGAAAACUACAGAGCAUAAUAAGAGAAAGGUAGUGUCUUCAUCAAGGGAGAUGACUCCAGACACACCAAACUCUGAGGCAUCAGAUUCUUCACAGUCAAGUAAAAAGUCACGUCAAUUAGAGUUGAAGGAAAGGGCAAAGCUAUUGUUACAAAGAGCUAGACAGGAGAAUGAAGGAAAACAGAAAGAAAUGGAAAGUUCUGUGGAAAAUCCAUCUGAUGAUAAUCCUGCUACAUCUGAACACAAGUCAGAGACAGAUGAGGAAGAGAGAAAGAAGAGGUUACGUGAACGUGCUCGUAAAUUGAUCAGUCAAACACGUGAUAGUAUAGGGAAACCAGAGAAGGAGUUUAUACGUCAUAUGAGUGGAGAUCACCUGUCUCAAACUAUACCAGCAUCAUCUGCUCAACCAUCAGCCCUUAAUAUAGAAGAAACAGUUCCACUUUACACACGUCAAUUACUGAGGUCUUACCUGAAUGUUCGUCAACACGCAGAAAGCCCUACAGAACAACCUGAUGGUGCCAGAUCAUCUAUGGAACUAAGUUCAUCUAAAUCAGAUCACAAGUUAAAGAAGUUAAGUCUAGCUAAACCCAAGAUACAGCUAACAUCACCUAUAUCUCCUGGAUUUGAGAAAGAAUUCCCUCCAGCACAACAAAGUGAAACGCCACCCUCAGAUUCUCAGAAGGAAGGAACAAGACGUCCAGUUAAUCCACAACAACAAAUUUCAUUCACUAGUGUAGAUUUUGAUGAUAAUGACUCCAGAGAACAAAGUCCUUUCGCAGAUGAAGGGGGAAGUGAUGAUGAGUUUGACAUUGAAGAUAUUUUACGGCAAGCAGAGAACUUACAAGAUACAAACCAAUAUGUUAUGAAUGAGAUGGAGAAUCUAGAGAGAGAGCAAGCACAGAUAGAUUGUAGAGCUGCCUUACUCGAACGACAGUUACGAAGAUGUAUGGAGAAAAAUGAAAAUGCUGGAUUGAUGGAUCAAGUUAAGGAUAAGAUAGAUUUUGGUCCUCUAAAUGAAGUUAUCUGUAGUAACAAGGCAAAGGAGGAGAAGUUGUUACAGGAAUGGUUUAUGUUAGUCAACAAGAAGAAUGCAGUUAUACGUAGACAGAUGCAACUUAAUAUACUUGAGAAGGAAGAUGACCUGGAGAAGAAGUUUGACCUUUUAAACAGAGAACUGCGAGCCAUGAUGGCUAUUGAAGAUUGGCAGAAAACUGAGGCUCAAAAACGACGUGAGAAGUUGUUAUUAGAGGAACUUGUUGUUAUAGUGAACAAACGAGAUGAGCUUGUCCAGCAUCUUGACUCACAAGAGAGAGCUAUUGAAGAUGAGGAGAGAUUGGAUCAGCGUAUAGCAGACGGUAAACUACUCAAUCAGGACAAAAGCUGUACCAUACAGUAACAGCACAAUACAUCUACCAUACAGAGAUGUACAAACAACAGCACCACAAUCUCUGACAGAGCAGUUCAAAGACAUGUACCUGCAGCGUUAAUUAAAACAAUAAUUUCAUCUACCGAUCAGUAGUGGCAGAAUAUGAAUGCAUUGUUGUAUUUGAUGGUUAAGAUUUAGAACAGUAAUGUAUCAGCCAUAGUGAAGAAAAUAUACAUAUAUUAUUGAAAUAUUUUCAUUUUUCACAUAACAAGUUUUUUAAUUUGUUCCAUUUGUAGUCUUAAUUUUAUGCCAUGGAGCAAUAAAAGAAAGUCCUCUUUACUGGUAUGUAAGAAUGCAUUGCCUUUAAAAUAGGCUAUUUAAUGACUGCAUAAUACAUGUAUUUAAAUGAGAUAAGCAUGGUAAGAUAAAAUCAAUACAACAUUAUAUGACAUUAUAAUUCUAUAAAAUUGUUAAAACUGUCAAUACUUAUAGUUUU